AGCCUUCUCUUGACUCUCUCCACGGCACUUAUUCUCCUCAAGCACACUCUUUCACAGGGUGUCCAAAGCAAAGGCUCAAAAUUGGACCAAGAUUGACCAAGCAUCAGCAAGCUGAGAAGAUAUGGAUAUUGCCAUCCAGUACCCGUGGUUCAGACGUGCCCUGAGCUACCCCUCUCGCCUCUUUGACCAGUUCUUUGGAGAAGGUCUGUUUGAUCAUGACCUCUUCCCCUUCACUGCUUCCACCAUCAGCCCUUACUACCGCCACUCCCUCUUCCGCAGUUUCCUGGACUCCUCCAACUCUGGCAUCUCUGAGGUGAGGUCUGACAGGGACAGGUUCAUGGUUUACUUGGAUGUGAAGCACUUCUCCCCUGAGGAGCUCAGUGUAAAGGUGGCAGAUGACUAUGUGGACAUUCAGGGCAAGCAUGGAGAAAGACAGGAUGACCAUGGCUGCAUCUCACGGGAGUUCCACCGCCGCUACCGUCUACCCUCCAGUGUUGAUCAGUCAGCCAUCACCUGUACGCUUUCAGGUGAUGGCCUGCUCACCAUCUGCGGCCCAAAAACAGGUGGAUCAGAAUAUGGGCGUGGAGAUCGCACCAUUCCUGUCACCCACGAUGACAAACCCAAUGCUGCCCCUUCCUCUUAGAUAAGUGGAUGACGGGGCAUGAGCAUGACUCAGCAGGGGCUUUAAUUGUUGAGAUUAUUAUAAUCUAGUAUAAUGGGAAGAAACAGGUUAAGAGGAAUGGAUGGUCAUUAUUUGGAAAGUUCUUUGAAAUCCGGCCACUCCAGAAUAAAAUCAAGUUUAGGAAGCUGAUUUACUCGUCUUUGAAGAAGCCGAAUAAGAACAAACAAGUUUGGUUUCAAAAUUAGUUUCUGCUAAGUAGGGCCGUGAAUUGCAAGAGGCUCUAUAUACAAGCAUCCAGCCUCCUAACUGUUCUUCCUGUGUCUGAUUUUUUUCUCUUUUAACUUGUAUGUCACUUGCUUUUUUCUCUGCCCUCUCUCCUCUAACCUUGUUGUACUGAAA